AUGCUCUCGGCCAACAAAUCUUUGAUGGCAGCAGCAGAUGCUAUCAUUGUUCAUGCUCCGACCCUAAGGACAAACGCUAUCCCCAACAACACUGACGACAAAAUAUGGGUCUUCUUUGGAUUGGAACCUCCGCUCCACUUUUUGGAUACCUACACGAAUCCAACAUGGCGCCAUCGGUUCAGUCUUACGAUGACGUAUCGGUUAGACUCUGACGUUCCAUCACCGUAUGGUAGACUGGUAUAUAGGGAUGUGCCGCAGGACGAUGGGUACUACAGGAAAAGCGUGGAGCAGAAGUCCCGAACUGCUGCGUGGUUUGUCAGUAGCUGCCUCACGCAAAGCAGACGUGAAGAGUACGUCAGACAGUUGCAGACAUACAUCCGUGUUGACGUGUAUGGGAAGUGUGGUACAAUGAAUUGCACCAGUGAGGGUGAGGGGUCGUGUUUAGGUUUGUUGAAUACCACCUACAAGUUCUAUCUUGCUUUUGAGAAUUCCCUUUGUGUUGACUACGUAACCGAGAAGUUUUUCAACACGUUUGACACCACUGCUGUGCCGGUUGUUCGAGGAGGCGCGGACUACGCCAAACUGUUUCCCGAAGGAACUUUUAUCAACGCUGACGAUUUUAGUGGCCCCAGACAACUCGGGCAGUACCUGGACUACCUGGAUAAAAAUGAGACUGCUUAUCUGCAAUUUUGUAAUGGUUUCGAUCUAACUGACCUGGUGGAUGCAUGCAGUCACUUCCUGAACGAGUACCACGACUGCCUGCAACGCGCCCGACGCCUGAGCGUGGCCUGGGAGUGUCUACUGGAGGGCAAGGACACUCCAGUCACCGCCAUCAACUUCUUUGAGAGAACUUGGUUUUCCUUCACCGCCAUCAAGUUGGACGACCUGCUCAUCUACCUCCGCAGGCUCAUCUGCAACCUCCACUCCGUCAAACAGUUUAACCAGUAUCUCAGGUUCCCAACAAGUACAUUCCAACGAAUCUUCAGUUAG